UUUUAUUUCCCAAUGAAGUAAGCAAGUAAAUAACGAAACGAACGGCGCUGGAGGUGAAAAAGAAAAAGAAAAAUGGCUGAUGCUCCUCCGCCACCUAGGCUGAUGAAUUUUGUAUCAGAGUCUCAGUUGGAGGAAGCUAAAAAAGCAAGAGGACCAAGAGUUGAGGAUGGAACUGCCCAACGAGAUCGCCCCCUUUUUGAGAUCUUAAAGGAGAAUAAGGACAAAAAAGAUGCAGAGUUUAAUGAAAGGUUUAAGCAUAGACCUCCAAAAGCAUUGGAUGAUGAUGAGACUGAGUUUCUUGAUAGCCUGGAGCUGUCGAGGAGGGAAUAUGAACAGCAAUUAGCAAGUGACGAAGCCCAACAGUUGCGCAGUUUCCAAGAAGAAGUGGCUGCACGAUCUGCCGUUCUACAUGAACUGAAGGAAACACCUGUUGUUUCUUCUAAACCUCCGGAACAAGCAUUCGCGGAGAAGAAACCACGUGCACGUUCGGUAGGAGUAGUUAUAAAAGUGAAGCCUCAAGCAAAGAAACCAAGAACAGAUCAGCAGGUCAACUCUGAUGAAUGCAAAGAGAUUUUGACAGAACACCAUUCUGCCACUAUUAGCACUACUGAUACAGAGAUACCUUCAAGGCCUAUCCAAAAUGCUGUCACUGGCGGGCUUGUUUCAUAUAGUGACGAAAGUGAUGAUGAAUAGAUAUCAGUUUUUAGUAUUUCAGUUUGUGCAACAUAACCUAUUAAUGGCUCAGUUUUUGCUUAGAGACUGAAAUGGUAGUGGGAAGAGUGGAGCCAGAUACUUUUUUGUACUUUAAUCAGUUAAAAAUAUAUUUUUAACACCUAUUUUCAAAACCAA